UAGAAGGACAAGAGAGAUGGCCUAUCUCUGACAAACCUAGACCACAAGCACCUGGGUAUGUGAGUAUGCCAGGUAGGCCUAGGAAUAAUGACAGGAAGAGGGAAGAGGGAGAAGCACCAAAAGGAAAGAAAAUGUCAAAGCAUGGCACUAAAAUUACUUGCAGCAUGUGUGGCCAUAAGGGGCACAACAAGACAGGUUGCCACAAGAAUCCUGAAAAGGGGAAGAAGAAGAAUGCCUUCCUGAAGAAAACAGGCAGGAAAAUGAAGUCAUCUGAGCAAGCAAACAUUGAUGCUCAAAUCAGAUCAAGCCAGCAAGCUAAAAGCAUAGGAGAAGUUCAAGCACAAGCAGGAUCAAAUGGUGGGAAGAGGAAGGCUACCAAAAAACAGAAUGUGCAAUCCAAGAAAAAAUCAAAGAUGUGAUAUG